AUGAAGGAUCAACUUAUCAAGGCCACAGAUGAGCUGAGAGAGCAUUUGAAGCGCUUGAGCAAGAUCUGCAGUGCUAGUGAUGAGUCGGAAGUAAGCAGUGGUUGCAAAGACUCUGAGCCAGGCACAGCCAGUAUUGUUGCCACAGGAACAGGGAGAAGAGGCCAAGCAAGGGAAGAGUCAAGCAAUAAGGAAAGAGAGAACGCUCAGUCAAAGGGCUGUCUUGCCAACUCGAGCCCCAGUCUGGCCAGUAGAGUGCCUUGGGGAAAAGGACCUCUUUUUCUGGGUGAUCUAUCUUUCGACGACAACUCAGAGGAGGAAGAGAUGUCUCUGCAACCGGAUGGAGAGUCCAGCAACAGGCACAAUGUCGACUGGUCCAGCACGCCCCCUGCCAGCACGCUCCCUGCCAGCACAGCCCAGACUCGCGCAGCAGAGGACUGA